GGCAUGAUUAAGGAAUUAUUCCCUCUCCCCUUAUUGAUCCCCCUUUAAGAAGCCUUUCGCAUCCAUACCCCCUGUCAGUGCGUCCAGAUAAAACAGACCGCUCGUCAUCUUGUCUACUCGUAAGAGGGAAAUUUUGCUGAUGCAGUAAUGUCUGGAAAUGCAUCGCUUGCGAAUGUCGUGAAUCAUUUCCGUCAUGGAUGUGACAUUUAUGGACCGCAGCCGAACAGUUUGAAAGUGAGAAGAUGUGAAGAGCCUUUUACAAGCCUAUUUUCACAACAAAAGGGAAUCGAGGGUGCAUUGCUGACAGGAGACUGCCGGCAGAAGACGCAUUCCUUCAGUAGCGAGAGGCAGCCGUAGUGGAUGCAGCGGAACGGAGCGAUGGUCGAAUCAGUGACAACCGCAGUGGGGCCACACUGAGGAACGAUCAAGUUAUAUCCUAUACCCAGGGUUCGAGAUAGAUUUGAGGGUCUGGAAACGGAGAAAAGGAAGGAAAGCAACGCUUUUGGGAGGGCAGUUGGAUGUCUGCUCAAUUAAAUUAACUCCUGCGGAGCUCCAACUUUGACCUGCAGGAUGACAGUCGUGGCUGGGGACAACAUGGACGAGACCUCUGCCGUGCCGGGGCAUCCGCAGGACACGUACCCCCCUGACCACGACGAUCAUGAAUGCUGCGAACGGGUGGUCAUCAACAUAGCAGGGCUGCGUUUCGAGACCCAGCUCAAAACUCUCGCCCAGUUUCCAGAGACUCUGUUAGGUAACCCAAAGAAACGAAUGCGGUAUUUCGAUCCCUUGAGAAACGAGUACUUCUUCGACAGAAAUCGCCCGAGCUUUGAUGCCAUCCUCUACUACUAUCAGUCCGGGGGGAGACUGAGAAGGCCUGCCAAUGUCCCGUUGGAUAUGUUCUCUGAAGAAAUUAAGUUCUAUGAACUUGGGGUCGAGGCGAUGGAGAAGUUUCGCGAAGAUGAGGGCUUCAUUCGCGAGGAAGAGCGGCCCUUACCAGAGCGCGAGUUUCAGCGGCAAAUCUGGCUUCUUUUCGAGCAUCCUGAAAGCUCGGGGGCGGCCAGAGGAAUUGCUAUUGUGUCCGUUAUGGUCAUUUUAAUUUCCAUUGUCAUUUUCUGUUUGGAGACUUUACCUGAACUGAAAGGGGAACCAGAGAAGGUGGUUAUAGGCAACAGCACCUUCUACUCCAAACCAAACAUCAUGGCCGAUCCCUUCUUUAUCGUAGAGACACUCUGCAUCAUCUGGUUCUCAUUCGAACUGAUAGUGCGCUUCUUUGCGUGCCCAAGCAAAGCGGCCUUCUUUAAGAACAUGAUGAACACCAUAGACAUUGUGGCCAUCAUCCCCUACUUCAUCACACUGGGCACAGAGUUAGCAGAGGAUGCCGAUGGAGGGAAGGAAGGAAAGGGCGAGCAGGCAACAUCACUGGCCAUCCUCAGGGUGAUCCGUCUGGUCAGGGUGUUCAGGAUCUUUAAGCUGUCCAGGCACUCCAAAGGCCUUCAGAUUUUGGGGCAGACCCUCAAAGCCAGUAUGCGAGAGCUUGGAUUGCUAAUUUUCUUCCUCUUCAUUGGUGUCAUAUUGUUCUCCAGUGCUGUGUAUUUCGCAGAGGCAGAGGAAAAAGAGUCCUACUUCAGCAGCAUCCCAGAUGCGUUCUGGUGGGCAGUUGUGUCGAUGACGACCGUGGGCUACGGGGACAUGGUGCCAGUGACUAUAGGGGGCAAGAUCGUGGGUUCCCUAUGUGCCAUCGCCGGUGUGCUGACCAUCGCCCUCCCCGUGCCUGUCAUCGUGUCCAACUUCAACUAUUUCUACCAUAGAGAAACCGAAGGAGAGGAGCAGGCCCAGCUCCUCAACGUGAGCAACCCCAACAUAGCCUCCGAUUCCAACUCCAGUCGUCGCAGCUCCUCGACCGUCAGCAAGUCUGAGUACAUGGAGAUAGAUGGAGACAUAAACAACAGCAUCGACAACUUCAGAGAGGCCAACCUCAGAACUGGCAACUGCACUAUCCCCAAUCAGAACUGUGUGAACAAAAGUAAGCUGCUAACCGAUGUCUAGAGACACAGUAGAAAAUUCAGUCACGUACAUAUGAAUGCUUACUUUACCUUCUCUCGUGAGCCCUUGCAAUGCGAAUAUCUCUACAAUGCAGACGAAAGAAAAAUAUGACACCAAAACAUAUAGAACAUAACUGCAGCAAACGAGGCCGAUGAUUCGGUGUACACUUAGUCUACAUACAUUUCCAAAGAGGAUGAUUGAGAAAAAAGCCUCCUCGAGCACCUAGCUAAUGUCCACAGGCAUUGAAGGACUCUCGACGACGGGAUUACUAAAACAUCACGCAUGGACUGCAGACUACAUUUCAGCAAGCUGCACACUGCAUCCGGGAACGUGCAUAAAAGACCAAGUGCAGUGUUCGGUGGACGCCUCGUCCGUAGGUGGUCUUCUUAACUGACCAGCAAAGCACCUUAUAUGAACAAGACUUAUCUUCUGCUGGGAUGCUACGGAGGCCAAGGUCAUCGCCUCAUGGACAUCCGCAUUGCUGCUAUUUUCCAGCAGAUGCUGUAAUUUAGAUAUCACCAAGUGAUUAAAUGCCAUGCCCUUUAGAUAUAAGACAGCACAAUGCCGAAAGAGGAGCCUCAUAGUUAGCAUGUUUUGAUUAUCCUCAUUUUGAUAUUGGCAUGCGUCGGACAUUACCUCAUGACGAUAGGAAAUCCAUUCCUGUUUUGCUUUUCUUUUGCCUUCGGUUCCAUCAGCUCCCCUCUCCAUCGACCUCCGCCAUGAAAAGUGCACUAGUGUGUCAUGAUUUGAGAUGCUUAUCAUUUAGGUGUAUUUAAAGACUGAAUGUUUAACCUUACGGGAAACAGAAUCUUAAUGAUAUCAUAGCAUGUCAAAAGAACCUGCAUUAUGGCCUAAUCAACUAAGGUACUGUGUAUCCUAGUAUAUUUAAUGCAUGACAUCGGUAUAAUACAGCUUGUUGCAAUUGAGAUACCUCAUAAGGGUGUCGUUGUUACAAUCAGGGAAAACUAGGGACGUCGAUUCCUUGACAUUUUCUGAAAUGUGACAAAAUAUAUAUGCAAGCCCCAACGCUGGGAUGCAAACUUUUCAAUCUAAAACAUAGUCAAAGACACAGAAAAAGAACUAUCAAGAUACUAUCAAAUGCAUAUACUCAUACUAAGCGCACCUGUUAAAAGAAAAAAUAAUAUAACUUAAAUAGUGCAGUGCAUGGGCAUUCUCUCUCUCUCGAGGAAAAAAAAAAGAAAAAAAAAAGAAAACUAUGGGCAAUUAUACUUCACGCUUCCAUUUUGCGAUCAAAUUUAGGAUUUACAAUAUCAGAAAUCGCUUAAUUUAUCUUAGCAGGAUGCAAAAGAGAUCAUGGCAGAAUUACUCAUAUUAGUUGCUAGUGCCUUUGACCCUCUCAGCAACCGGACAGGUGAAAGUGCCUCUGAGUAACUGGAGUUUUAGGCAGGGCAAGGGAACAAUAUCUGCUCUAGAACUGUCGUAAUGUAUGUUGAGGCUGGUCAUUACAGUGUAUACAGAGUGCUUUUCAUUUUUGUUCUUGUUAUUUUGAACGUGACACACGGUUGUCAGGCACAAACGCAAACCUUUUCUGUGUUUUCAUAUGACAGCUGAGCUUGAAUAUGAAAUCGGACGUACGGCUUUCACGCGACGGGACCUUUUAGAGUUUUCGAUCUGCCUUUCGUUGUGGUUUUGAUUAUGUUGCUGUGCCAUAAUUAAGAGUCUACCUCAGUGAGGUCUCCGUACAGCUCACUGCAGAGCAGAACACGAGAGCACAUAACAGCCUGUGAAGUGUGAUGCUACGUCAGAAAUCAUACACUUAGAGUACCCCAGAAUUAGCCUUUUUUCGAGCACUUACAGCAAGCGCAACAAUGCGACCGCCCCAGACCCCUCGGAUCUGAAACGCUCCCUUGCUAAGCACAAUCAACGUUCACUUUGGUUCAGUUUAUUAUCACGGUCCUUUUUUUUUUUUUUUUUUUUUUUUUUUUUUUUUUUUUUUUUUUAAAAGGAGAGAGAUCUGGGAAGAGAAAACAGCACAGGCUUUUCAAACACCACAGGGUACACAACUGUUGUUUUGACAUGUCCACUUAAUGUUAAAAGUCAUGCUUAGCCCAUCAGGGCUAUAUUAAGCCAGCAGGUACUGUAAUGAACAAAUUUUAACGCAGACCUAACUGAUUUAUUUAGUGUGCUGAUGACUUAAAUGUUAAUGCAAAAUCUUGUGUUCAAGCUAAUGUGGGCCAUUCCAGCUACAUCUUUCCUUUCCAUUUUCCUUGAUAAUUAAAAAACACUCUAAAAUAGCCGCGAUCGAAUUAGCCCUUUUGGGGUAAUUUCAUUUAACAAACACAAGCAAGUCUGCCCGAGCAGCUCGUAAACAAGUUGCUUGACCAUGUGAUCUUUAUUGAUCCGUGAGGUGUGAUUGUAAUCAAAGGCAAACAGCAGUAUUUUACCUCAGGCCGUUUCCUAUCACACUAACAUGGGUUUAGUCGCCUCUGUGUCAGGAAGAACUAUUCAGGGUUUUAUCAAUCUGCUUUUUGUUUGUAAUUCAUAACAUUUCUUCGGAGAAAAAAAGCUUAGCAAGCAAAACAAUUACUGUUUAGAAUUAGAUUAAUAUAAUAUGGAACAAUUGAAUAUAGGCAAAACGUUUCUACUGGCCGUGCGAGGAGCGAUCAAACCCUUUGGUGCUAUGCAUAAUCCUAUAUUUAAUAACUACACCAUAAAUCUUAGCAAUAGGGAUCAAGUGUGUUAACAGGACUGUCCAAAAUGCUUAUUUUAAUAUUCACCAAGGGCUGUGGCAAACUUUUGAUAAGAAUCGAGAUUUAAACCUAUUAGAGCGCAAGAGAGAAAUGACUUCCACCAAUGAUAGUGUGUUAGCUGACAAAAUGUCACGUAUUUUAUGUCGAGACUGUAACAGAACAAAAACGUCCCCUUAACAAGAGUCGCUUCCUUUCCCUGUUGGAAGUUUAUUUUGCCUCUGAUCUGAGGUGAGGACCAUUUAUGAGCAACAUUUUACAUUAAUUAUGGCUUAUAGAGGUAGGUCUUUUAUCAGCUGAGUCUGUGUAAAUUCAUAGCAUGACACAUAUUUAUUUAGUUGCUUUUCUAUUUAUGAAUUCACGUCUUUAUUUCAGGAACGGGUGAAAGAGAAAAUACACUGUAGUGGAAAAAUAAUUGUAAAAAAAAAAAAAAGAGAAGAGACUGACUUGCCAUCAUACCGAUUACUAAGUAACCCGAUAUGAAAGCUGUCGAAAAAUGAGAAAAAGUAGUUGUGCUCCCAGGUUGUGGCCUUUUGGAGGAUGUUGCAGACAUAUUUAUUUUCUUCACCUGCGUGGCCUCGUCUAGCUAUAUUACCAUGUUGCGUCCAUGUGGCACUAUAGUUAACUGUGCUUUAAAGAACCCAUGCCCUUGAUAAAACUACAGUAGGCUCACAAACGAGUCCAUAAGACAAGCCAUUACAAAUAUAUAGGAAGAUUAUAGCUUGUAUUAUCGAUAUCAUGAAAUAAAUAAAAGAAAUGACAUUAGCAUCGAAAAUGUACUGUACAUUGUACUUUUUUGUAAUAACCUUAACUCCAUACCGCCAUACCAAACCAAAAACUCAACAGCAACCUAGCAAUUGCAAAAAUCUGCAUGGUGUAUGGAAGACUGCAUGAGCUUAGCCUUUCAAAACUGAGGAUCAACUAUAUUCUGGUUGCAUCAUUUUUUUUAAGCCCUUGCUGUCAUUUGUUCCUAAAGCCAUCUUCAUUAUUUAUACUCUAACAUUGUUCCCUUUUGUUUUUGGGAGAAAUUCUUUAAUUCGUCGAACUCCACUGAUAAGAUCUUUGUAUUCGGUUUAUUCGUUUAUUUUGGCUUCAUUUGAGAUUUUGCUGUUUGCUUUCAGGAUGCUGAAUGAUACAAAUCAUGGAUUAGAAUGUCGUGGAAGUUAAUGAUCUAAAAAGAAAGCAGGAUACCCAAACUAGAGUCCAUACAGUGAUUCCGUACUGACCAUCUCAGCUACAUGUUUAUGUUAGACAGAUGAUGACUCCAUGUUAAUGUUUGUUCCAUGUACAUCUGGUCAAACUGUUCGUGUUUCUGUCUUCGUUUUGCUAAAUUGUGUUUCUGUGUUUUAAUUUGGUCAUACAUUGACAAAGGCAUGGUCUGUGAUCUAUGCAAGGGUUCUUUUGUUUCUUAUGUCAAAUAUGAUUUGAUCAUACAUCCAAAUCAAUAAAUUUUUAAGUAUCA